CCGAAUUUCGCGAUUUCGCGUGGUUGCGUAUUUUGAUUCGAACCGUUCCGUCGGGCUCGUAAAGUUCCGCUUGCUCUCGAGAGAAGGUGUAUCGCUUAUUUUUUCCGAAAUGGCCAUGGUGUCCACCGAGUUGAAGGCCCUGCUGGCCUGCCGCGGAACGUUUGGUCAGCUGAGAGCCAUCCACCUGGCCGCUGCCAACAAUGCCGCCGCGAAGAAGGUCAAGAAGUUCCAGAUCUACCGCUGGAACCCGGACCAGCCCGAAACCAAGCCGUACAAUCAGACGUACGAGGUCGAUCUGAGCGCCUGCGGUCCAAUGGUUCUGGAUGCGCUGAUCAAGAUCAAGAACGAAAUCGAUCCGACGCUGACGUUCCGCCGGUCGUGCCGCGAGGGCAUCUGCGGCUCGUGCGCGAUGAACAUUGGCGGAACGAACACGCUGGCCUGUAUCAGCAAGAUCGACACCGACAAUCUGGACAAGCCGACCAAGAUCUACCCGUUGCCGCACAUGUACGUGGUGAAGGAUCUGGUGCCGGACAUGAACAACUUUUACAACCAGUACCGGUCGAUCCAGCCGUGGCUGCAGCGCAAGAACGAGACCGGCGAGAAGAAGGGCGACGCCCAGUACCUCCAAUCGGUGGACGACCGCGCCAAGCUGGACGGGCUGUACGAGUGCAUCCUGUGCGCGUGCUGCUCGACGUCGUGCCCGUCGUACUGGUGGAACGGCGACAAGUACCUGGGGCCGGCCGUCCUGAUGCAGGCGUACCGCUGGAUCAUCGACUCCCGUGACGAGUCGACCGCGGCCCGGCUGGACAAGCUGAAGGACCCGUUCAGCGUGUACCGGUGCCACACGAUCAUGAACUGCACCCGGACCUGCCCGAAGGGCCUCAACCCGGGCAAGGCCAUCGCCGAGAUCAAGAAGCUGCUGUCCGGCAUCGCCAAGAAGGACGCCCCCGGCCUGGAGACGGCCGCCCUGCACAGCAAGUAAGCAAAGGUUUGAAUAGUGGUUGCUUUAAAGGACGAUCUACCCUGCUGGGAAAGUUAGCUGGAUUUAAGAAUCGAUCGGCGGUGGGUACACAAAAUCUUAACUUAUUUAUGUUCCAUGUGACAAUUUUCUGAAAAUUGUGUGAAAUAAUAACAUGUAAUUACUAGUUGCAGAAAAAUAAAAACGAUUUCUGCUUGAGA